AUGGGAAGUAAAUGGAAUAGAGUGAAGCUAGCCCUGGGGAUGAAUCUGUGUGUCUAUGCACCAAGGAAUCAGACGCUGGACAAUGAUGAUGAGGAUGAUUUUUCGCCGCCAGCACCACCACCCGAGAGUCGUUCCGUCACUGCUUUGAUAUCGCCAGGGGCCGUCGGGACCUCUGCACCGUUGCCACAGGGAUCAAAUCGGCUUAAGCUUUCUAAGAGUUUGAGCAGAUCUUCUUCAAAGAAGACCUGCUCAAUAUGUUUAGCUUCAAUGAGACGAGGAGAUGGACAUGCAAUAUUCACUGCGGAAUGUUCGCAUUCCUUUCAUUUCCAUUGUAUUGCUUCAAAUGUCAAACACGGAAACCAGAUUUGCCCGGUUUGCAGAGCAAAGUGGAAAGAAAUUCCUCUGCAGCGCCCGAGCCUGGAUCCUCCAGUUGGAAGGGCAAGAGUCAAUCCUAUAGGUUCACUCCAGAAUGAUGCUUUGAUGACAGUACCCAGUCAAUUACCUCCUCGACGCAAUUCCAUUCGACGCAAUGCUCCACUAUUUCACCGCCCUGAGCCAGCAAUUUUCAAUGAUGACGAGCUGUUGGAUUGUCAAACUGGCUCAUCCGGGAGAAGCUCGUCAAACAAGAAUGCUGAAGAUUGUGAUGACCAGGGUAGAGUUACGAUUAAGACAUACUCGGAAUAUCCAGCAGUUCCACAGUCGAGUACGUUUGUUGACUUCAACAUCUUGCUUCAUCUGAAAGCUCCUUCUUCAAAUUCCAGGGAAAUUCCCAGUGGGGACCAGGAUAGUUUGAACCAAAAUUCUCGAACUUGUCGUGCUCCAGUUGACCUUGUUACUGUUCUUGACAUCAGUGGUAGCAUGUCAGGUGCUAAGCUUGAAUUGUUAAAGAGAGCUAUGGGGUUUGUGAUACAGAAUCUUGGUCCAAAUGACAGGCUGGCAGUAGUCGCCUUCUCGUCCAAGGCCAGCCGACUUUUCCCCCUUUUAAGGAUGUCUGAAAUGGGACGGCAGCUAGCAUUGCAAGCCGUUAGUUCUUUGAUUGCAAAUGGAGGGACAAACAUUGCUGAAGGUUUGAAGAAGGGUGCCAAAAUAAUGGAAGAUCGCAGGGAAAAAAAUCCAGUUUCCAGUAUAAUAUUACUUUCUGAUGGGCAAGACACAAAUUCAGUCAGUAAUGCUGAUGGCAACCAGAAUCAACCAAGUUAUCAGUUACUCCUUCCUUCUAUUCACACGGAAGACAGUUCCGGUUUUAAGAUUCCAGUCCACGCUUUUGGGUUUGGUGCCGAUCAUGAUGCAUUGUCAAUGCACUCGAUUUCAGAGAGUUCCGGAGGAACUUUCUCUUUCAUUGAGACUGACGGGGUAAUCCAGGACGCUUUUGCGCAGUGCAUCGGAGGCCUUCUGAAUGUUGUUGUCAAGAACCUGCAGGUCAGCAUUGAAUGUGUUCACCCUGGAGUACAUAUUUGCUCUCUAAAAGCAGGAAGUUAUCCCAAUCGCGUGAUGUCUGAUCACCGCACGGGGUCUGUUGCUGUUGGAGAUCUGUAUGCUGAUGAAGAAAGGAAUUUUCUGGUUUCGGUCAGUGUUCCGGAUGAGUUGUCAAGCAAUGAAACGUCAUUGUUGAAGGUGAGAUGCAUUUACAAUGAUCCCUUAAAAACAGGAACGGUUAGCUUAGAAGGUGAAGAAGUUAGAAUUAUGAGACGUGAAGUGGCUGGACAAGAGGAAACAUCCAUUGAAGUUGACAGACAGCGGAAUAGGCUUCUAGUAGCAGAUGCAAUGGCACAAGCCAGAACUGCUGCUGAAACUGGAGAUUUAGCUCGUGCAGUUUCUAUCCUCGAGAACUGCAGGACAUUGCUUUCGGAAACGGUGUCAGCUAAAUCUCAAGACCGGCUCUGUAUUGCACUCGAUGCCGAGCUCAAAGAAAUGCAAGAGAGGUUGGCAAGCAGACACGUGUAUGAGACAUCAGGGAGGGCAUAUAUUCUGUCUGGACUGAGCUCACACACGUGGCAGAGAGCAACAGCACGAGGUGACUCUACAGAUGGCUACAGCCUUGUUCAGACCUAUCAAACACCUUCAAUGGUUGAUAUGCUUACACGUUCUCAGGCCACAUUAUCAAGACCACGGCCGAGAUAA